AUCUACAACUGAACAGACGCAUGGGAACAUGGAAUCUAUACUUGUUUUAUAGAACAAGAGACAAAAAAUGAAUAUCAAUGACGUCAUCUAUGUGUCUGUCCUGUAAGAACCAAUCAGAAUGCGACAAUAAUUUGACUUAUGUAAUUUCGUAUAACACGAAAAGCAAGGCAUAUCCGUUGGACGGAGUUAGAUUUGGAUAAGUUCUAUGCCUGCAAAUGACCAUAUCAUGAUGCUUUUACUGUUAACAGAAGGAUUAUCCUGGGUAAAUAUUCGAUUAUUAUUAUUAUUAUUAUUAUUAUUAUUAUUAUUAUUAUUAUGACAAAUCAUAUGUUAGAACUGCCGAGAAAGCUACGAAGACAUCAAUGAUCACUGCAGUCAUAUAUGCACAACUAAACAUCUGUGAAAUUGAAAAAAAUUCAGGCUUGAAUUGUUUAUAACUUUUUUCAAGCCUGAAUAUUUUUCAGGCUUCAAUUUCUCAGCUGCUUAAGUUGUUUAUAUAACUGCAAUAGUCAGUGAUGUCUUCACAUGUUCUAUGUUCUGUGUUUCGAAACAAGUAAUGUAUUAUAUUAAUUUAUAAAGGUCCUUUCAUUCUUAAUGCAUUUCUUUUUUAAUAAAAAUCUGCCACUAAUUACCAACGACACGAAAAUUAAAACCUUGAAGUUUUUAUUACAAAAAAGCUAUUAAAAGCAAUAUGGCAUUUAAGACAAGACUUCGCCAAAAUAAUCAAACUGAUUGAAUAUUCAUGUUGCAUAUAAUAAAAGAGACGUCAAAUAACUCAAAACAUAAUGAAACAAUAAUAAUAAUUGUGAUACUAGUACUGCUUUUUUUAUUUUAAUUAAAAAAGGUUCACUUUUAUUUCGGACAAGUCAGUCAAACACAACGCAAAAUUAAACCGUAAAAAAGUAACAACAAACCAAAGAGGAUUGAACGCGAAACAUCUUCAUUUACAUUUUGUAGACUGUCUACAUGUAUCAAAGUUGCUGUCGUUGAUGCUGAACGAACGUUAGUGUUAACUUAAAACAACCAUUAUCGAAUAGCUUAACGCGGUUAGCCGCAAGAAGCUAUCCUUCUGAUGCAUUAAGGACAGAAGAAUCAGGACUAUAGAUUGAAAAUGCCUACUCUCUCGUUAUUGAAAUAAGCCUCCGGGGUCUUAGUGUUAUAGCACAUUCAUUAUUUUCCAUUUGAAAACAGAAUAAGAAAGCCACAAAAUUAUCGUUGAAUCGUUUUUUCUUAAAUGUGCACGUAUAUAUGAAUGAUCGACAAGAAUUGACUUUUAACUUUUUGGGUACGGUUUAUGAUGAAUUUGAAUUGCGAAAUUAAUUGAUAAUACUGGCUAACUUUCAACUCGAUUUGGUGGCCGGUGAGGUUGGCUGUUCUCCAGAGACAUGAUACUUCGUCUUUAAUUUGUCUGACAUUUGUUUUUACUUAAUUGUUGCUUACUUUGAAAAAUCAAAUGAAAUAAGACCGACUUUGACACAGAUGGUGCCCUAUUUUCAGCAGAUAACUCAUAUGGUCGUUCACCUUUCUAAAAGCCGCAGCCCUUAAAAAAAAAAAGAAAAAAAAGCCGCAGCCCUUUCAAAAUGUCAUAGAAACUCGUUAGUCCAAUAACAAAGGAAGAAAAUACUUAUGGAAACUAUAGUAACAUAAGAUUUAAGAUGUUAUUCCAUUCUGUGGUAAAGUAUGAGCAAUACGGCCGUCUUUUCCCUAUAAAGCUGGUCGAUCAGGAAGUAAGUGUAAAUUUGUAAUUGUGUGAUAAUUUUCCCUUCUGGUCCCUUCUCGCUCUGUAAACUAAGACAAGAUUCGCAGCUUGUAGUUCAAUCCUAUGAAAUAAGGCCUUUUACAUAAACAAACCGAACGCACGUGUUUGUAUAGUAGACGGCGGAGGUGAGUCUGUAUCAGGUUGUCACAUGUAAGCUUUUGUGUAAGCAAAAUCAUCAGUUAAUCAUCAGUUAUUUACACUGCACCUAGUACUUAGUCCUUUGCGGACGGGUAGCCUCCUGAUGAGUAAAAAACAGACGCCGAUAUAUAUCGUAAAACUGGUCCUUCUGUGAAAUAUUUAUCCGUGGAAACGAGAUAAAACUAGGGUUACGCCCGAGAGGAACUGAAAUUUAAAAAGGCUUGCUGACAACGACGUAAAUUCACCAUGAAUUGAAGUGAACGAUACAUGCAAGCUGAUGGUUUGCAGAGCCGCAGCGCUGUCAACAUAGAUUGACCAUGAUGCGUACGUAGGAGAAAGGAUAUGAGCCUUGCGCUUAGCUGACCAAAAGCAUGGAUGUGCUGACUUACUGGACAUUUUGCCUUAUUUUUUUAACGUUAAUACCUCGUUUCUCGUCUACGUUUAACGAUACUAUCGGCGCGGAGGCGAGAUUCAAUGCUACUUGGGGAGGUUAUAUUCCGACUACAGGCCCGAGAAUCAAACAUGAACUUCACAUUGCUGGAUUCUUCAAUUUAGCUUCUCGCAAUGGCGCUGGUUCCUUGGAAGCGGCCAGGAUGGCAGUGGAAGAAAUAAACAGUGAUUCUAGAUAUCUUGAAGAUUAUAAAAUCGAACUACACCAGCAAAGAUCAACACAGGGCCACUUGAGCGAAGGAACCAAAGUUUUGUACGACUACUUACACAAGGAACCUAAAAUGACCAUGAUACUGGGACCUUUCGACAAUGACCUGGCCAAGACAGUAGCGGCGUAUGCAGGGCUUCCUGACAUCGGCCUUCUGCAGUUUUCUUACGGAGCCACCGAUCUCGAACUUUCAACCAAACGGGACAGAUACCCUUUGUUCUUCCGCACAGUACCGACUGACUUUGUCUUCAAUGAACCUCGUUUGCGCUUUAUUCGGCGAUUUGGUUGGAAAGACGAGAUUGGCAUGAUUUACGACGCGUCACCGUACUAUUCACGGAUAAGUCAGCACCUUGCUGAAUCUCUGAAAAACAAUGGCACCAAAAUUGUGGCAAAUGAAGGAUUUACACAAGAUCCUGCAGUAGCAGUCAAAAUCCUGAAGGACAAGAGAGCUCACAUUAUUCUUGGAACUUUUCAUCACUCCAGAGUGAAGGAAGUAUUUUGUCAGGCUUACCUGAAUGGAAUGUACGGACAAAACUACGUUUGGAUUGUAACGUCGACCCCGGAUGUUAAUGAAACAUCUGAUUGGUGGGUGCCUCAAUCCUCCGAUAAACUGACAUGCACGAGAUCGCAGAUGGAAGAGGCCUUGGAUUAUCACUUCACCUUCUACUACAAGAAUGAAAUCAACGCAACUUUGGUAUCAGGAAAGAGCACGAACCAAUUUUUCGCUGAAUACAAUCAAAGAAUCCCGGAAGCAUUCCGCAGCACGUACGCGCCGUUCGCUUAUGAGGCCAUGUGGGCGAUAGCUGCCACGCUUGAGCGUGCUCGGCCGGUAAUUGUGGAUUGGCAAAUGGAGCUGUACAACCUUGGUUAUGGUCGACGUAUGGUGAGCGAACUUUUCAAGGAAGAGGCAAUUCAAGUACAUUUUACGGGACCUUCGGGUGUGGUCGCAUUUGACAAGAAUGGAAAUAGGAGGUGUAAGGUGUUCAUCCGACAGUUUAGAAAAUCUAUUGGCACUCAAGAAGUGGGAGUGUAUGACUACAACCCCCCUACCCUACUCCUGAAGGGGCAAUCCGAAGGUAACAAUGGACCAGCGGUUUUGAAACAAGUACAUUGGCCAGCCGGUCAACCUUACCAAAGAAAAGCAUCAACAGAUUCAUGGCUGUAUAUCAGAUUUCCUUUAUUCAUCUCGUGGUCUUUGAUUUCUGGAUUUAUUCUUGUUUGCUGCGUUCUCUGCCUGGCUUUGCUUUUGGUUUUUCGACGACACAGAGUCAUCUAUCAUUCUGGAUUUUUCCUCACUGAAUUACUCAUUCUGGGCUGCAUGUUAAACCUGUUUUCUGUUGUCCUGUUUGGACUUGAUGGAGCCCUUAUCUCUUUCGACUCAAUGCAGUGGGUCUGUAAGGCCCGCUCCUGGUUUCUCAGUUUAGGGUUCACAUUGUGUCUGGGCAGCCUUCUUCCCAGAGUUUUAUUCGCUUACAGAGUUGUGUCCUGGAGACCGCAUACGAUAAAGAAGGUUCCAUGGUCGUGGAUGUUUAUGAUCGCAUUCAUUAUAACUAUUGCUGACAUCAUCUUGUUGAUCACGUGGCAAGUUAUUUUUAACCCUCGUGCUGUUAAGGUUCUUCGAGAAGUUGAAAGACCUCGUCCCUACGAGGAGCGAGCACAGCUGGUUGAACAAUGCGUCUCUGACAACGAGGAGGGAGCUCUGGCACUACUCUUUGUUCCCAAGGGACUGCUACUUCUGAUUGGUACCUUAGCAGCCUGGCCUGCGCGUCGUUUGUGUAUACCGUUGUGUAACAACACACGAAAUUGUGCCCUUUGUUUAGUAAUAGCAGCGGUCAUGUGCAUCAUUGAGAUUCCGAUAAUAAUGCACGUGCGACAGUAUCCAAAUCCCUUUUAUGGCAUAACUGGAUUGAUUAUUAUGGUGGUUUCUGUAGCGCUUUUGGUUAUUGGAGUUGUUCCUCAGCUCAAACGCGCCCAUCAUUGCCAAAAGAAGUCACAGAUGGCAUCUGCGGACUGUAACGACAUCGAGAUGAGGCACGAGAACAGUUGCAGUAGGUGUGAAUGCAACACAUGCGCAGAUCCCAAGAGGUUUCGGCCCCAGUUGGCUUCGUGCUCAGGCGCUUACUCCUGUGCUCCUGUUUCUCCAGACUGGGAUUACAUGGUCGGUGGUGUACCCAACAGAACGAAGGAAGGCGAGACGCGCAUUGUAACCGAGACAGUUUACAUCGAUCCACCCGGCGUUCCCACUGCGGCAGUCCACACUCAAACAAUGCAGGUCUUAUACAACACAGCUGAGAUACAAACAAUCAUCGUAAGGACGCAAAGUGCGUGCAUGAUAACAGAACCGGAACCGGAAGUAGAAAAGGCGGAAGUCAUGAUGCAAACGGAAGCGGAAGAGCCGACACCGGUAGCGGAUGUAGACACACAGACUAUAAGAGUAAAACUAUGUGAGAGUCACAUGCAGACAGUGAAAGCAUCUCUAAGCCAUAUACAUGUUCAAACGAACAAGCCAGAGAUGAGUCAUUCACUAGUUCAAACUGAUGAGGUAAGUACAUCUGUACAGCCAUUCGGUUCGAGAGUUAUUAGGGACGGACGUUUAUAUUUUUGAGGGGGGAAGGGGGUUGGGAAAUUUUCUGGGGCAUGAUUUUUUUUUUCUUACAGUGGUGUAAGAAAGUUUCGAACUUAUAACUUAAGGUAUACGCCGAUGAAAACACCCUUAAUUUUAGCUUUAAGGGCUUAUA